AUGGAGGACUUUGAUAAGGGCAAGAAAAUCUUUGUGCAGGUGUGCCCAAUGCCACACUGUCAAGAAGGAGGGCAAGAACAAGACCAACCUCAAUCUGAGCUGGUUCUUUGGCUGCAAGACUGGUCAGUCUCCCAGAUUCUCUUACACAGAUACCAACAAAAACAAAGGUAUCACCUGGGGAGAAUAUAUGUUGAUGGAAUACUUGGAAAACCCCAAGAAGUAUAUCCCAGCAAAAAGAUAAUCUUCCCUGGCAUUAAGAAGAAGGCAGAGAGGGACGACUUGAUAGUACAUGUUAAUAAGGCCAUGAAUGAGUAA